AUGGCGGGAAAUCCUUCCUUCUUACGCAUCGACGUGGACCUCGCCGGAGACGAUGAGAAUGAAAUAACACCUACCACUCCCAAGAACAGUCGGAACACACCUGGAUCACCGAAUAUGCUUGCAACUCCAACAUGGAACGGACGAGACCGAUCCUUAAGCGGUAGCACUCAGUCCUCGACAUUGAAAGUGCCCAAUUCAUCGUACGGCGAGAAGGGGAGCAGCGCUUCGAGCAAUUUUAGCGAUCUGGAACUGGAGGAUGCUCUGGAGCCGGAUCCAGGCCACGAGCAGGACUUUCAAGUCAAGGAAAACAAAUUCGCUUUCUCGCCAGGACAGCUCAACAAGCUCCUCAAUCCCAAGUCGCUCGCAGCUUACAAGGCUCUUGGUGGUAUCAGAGGUAUUGAGCGUGGACUGCGAACCGACCUGCAAUCCGGUCUAAGCGCCGACGAAACGACUCUCGACGGUCGAACUGGCCAGGGCUUGUUCACUGAUCGAUUGAGGGUAUACAGCAACAAUGCUCUACCCGAAAAGAAGGCAACGCCACUGUGGAAGCUCAUGUGGAUGGCGUACAACGACAAAGUCCUGAUUCUGCUUACUGUUGCCGCCGCCAUUUCACUCGCGUUGGGAUUGUACGAAACGUUCGGUGUCGACCACCCGCCUGCUUCACCGCCACCGGUUGACUGGAUAGAGGGGUGCGCCAUCUGUAUCGCCAUCAUCAUUGUUGUCCUUGUCGGCUCACUCAACGACUACCAAAAGGAACGCGCUUUCGUCAAGCUCAACGCAAAGAAAGAGAAUCGGGAGGUCAAAGUCAUCCGAUCUGGCAAAUCUGUCAUGAUUAGUGUGCAUGAUGUGCUAGCAGGAGACAUCAUCCACCUUGAACCUGGUGAUAUGAUUCCUGUUGACGGCAUCUUUAUCGGCGGACACAAUGUCAAGUGCGACGAGUCUUCGGCGACCGGCGAGUCCGACGCCCUUAAGAAGGUCGGAGGAGAGCAAGUAAUGCGCAUGUUUGAAGAGGGCCACACGGAUCUCAAGACUAUGGACUGCUUCAUCAUCUCUGGUAGCAAGGUUCUCGAAGGCCUCGGUACCUAUAUGGCAACUUCUGUCGGUGUCAACUCAAGCUACGGCAAGAUUUUGAUGGCAAUGCGUGUCGACAUGCAGCCAACUCCUCUUCAGGUCAAAUUGGACGGCCUUGCGACUGCAAUCGCCAAGCUCGGUACUGUCAGUGCCCUGCUUCUGUUCUUCGUCUUGCUUUUCCGCUUUGUUGCUCAACUGAGUAGCGAUCCGAGAACGAGCGAGCAGAAGGCGUCGGCAUUUCUUGACAUCCUUAUUGUCGCAGUCACAGUCAUUGUCGUGGCCGUUCCUGAGGGUCUGCCUCUGGCUGUCACUCUGGCACUUGCCUUCGCGACAACUCGACUUGUAAAGCUGAACAAUCUGGUUCGUAUUCUGAAGUCUUGCGAAACAAUGGGCAACGCAACGACUGUCUGCUCCGACAAAACUGGUACUCUUACCACAAACGUCAUGACCGUGGUCACUGGAACUUUCGGCGAGCGCUCCUUCGAUGAUAAGAACAAGACGGGCAGCGAGACCACCACUCAGGCAUUUGCUCAGCAGCUCAGCAACGAAGAACGUCGUGCUUUGGCUGAAGCUAUUGCAGUGAACUCGACAGCUUUUGAAAGCGACGAUGGUGGCUUUGUUGGCUCCAAGACUGAGACUGCUCUACUUGCUUUCGCUCGAGUCCUCGGAAUGGGACCAGUAGCAGAGGAGCGUGCCAAUGCUCGCAUUGUUCAGCUCAUGCCCUUCGACUCUGCUCGCAAAUGCAUGGGUGCAGUCGUGAAGCUUGCCGAUGGUUCAUACAAGCUGUUCAUCAAGGGUGCUUCUGAGAUCCUUCUUGGCCACAGCACUCAAAUUGCUCACUUCGCUGCCGUCCUUGAGCUUACAGCCGAAGACCGGGAACGUCUCGAAUCUGUUAUCGACUCGUACGCUCAACAGUCGCUUCGAACCAUCGCUCUCAUCUCCCGCAACUUUUCGCAGUGGCCACCGGUCGGUUGCGCAGUCGAGAAUGACCCGAGCUCCGCUGAUUUGGAUCUCUGCCUCAAGGACAUGACUUUCGAUGGUUUGGUUGGUAUUCAGGAUCCAGUUCGCCCUGGUGUUCCAGAAGCUGUUGCUAAAUGCCACCACGCCGGUGUGUCAGUCCGUAUGGUUACUGGCGACAAUGUCACUACCGCAAAGGCCAUUGCUAUGGAGUGUGGAAUCUACACUGGAGGUGUUGUCAUGGAAGGUCCCAUCUUCCGUACCUUGGACGAGCAGCACAUGAACGACAUCCUUCCUAAGCUUCAAGUACUCGCCCGAUCAUCUCCUGAGGACAAACGAAUCCUUGUCACAGCACUUCGCGCACAAGGAGAAAUCGUCGCAGUUACGGGAGACGGGACGAACGAUGGUCCUGCCCUCAAAGCUGCCGAUAUUGGUUUCUCUAUGGGUGUCGCCGGAACUGAAGUCGCCAAAGAAGCCUCUGCAAUUAUCCUAAUGGACGACAACUUUGCAUCGAUUCUAACAGCUUUGAUGUGGGGUCGUGCUGUGAAUGAUGCUGUUCGCAAGUUCCUACAGUUCCAGAUCACUGUGAAUAUUACGGCUGUUAUUAUCACUUUCGUCAGUGCGGUCGCAAAUGCCGACAUGAAGAGUGUCUUGACGGCAGUUCAGCUCCUCUGGAUCAAUCUUAUCAUGGACUCUAUGGCAGCUCUUGCUUUGGCAUCCGACGCACCUAUUGAGGAGAUCUUGGAUCGCAAGCCUGAGAAACGUUCAGCUCCUCUCAUCAGUGUCAUCAUGUGGAAGAUGAUCAUCGGACAAGCCAUCUAUCAGCUUGUGGUCACUUUCAUUCUUUACUACGCUGGACCAAGCAUCCUGAACUACCCGGCCGAUGGCUCGGAAAUCCGAUCCGUGGUCUUCAACACAUUCGUCUGGUUCCAGGUUUUCAACAUGCUCAACAACCGUCGUCUGGACAACAAGUUCAAUGUCUUCGUCGGGGCGCACAGGAAUUACUUCUUCCUGGGCAUUCUUGCCAUCAUGAUCGGAUGCCAAGUCAUGAUCAUGUACGUUGGUGGCCGUGCCUUCUCGAUUCAGCGCCUCGAUGGCCAAGACUGGGCGAUCUCGAUCAUCCUGGGUCUGAUGUCUCUCCCGUGGGCUGUGCUCGUUCGCCUCUUCCCCGAUAGCUGGUUUGCGGCAAUUGCGAAAGUUGUUGGCUGGCCUGUUGUUCAGACUUACCGCCCUCUCAGCCGCUGGACCCACGCGGCCUCAAGGAAGAUUCGCAGUCUACGACGAAAGCGCAAGGCAAGCGAAGAUGUGGCCUCUGUGGCUGAGCAGGAUGAGAAGGAGGCUGGGGCCAGGGAGAAGGCCGAUGUGGAGAGCAGAUGA